AUGACGGUCGUUGACCCUAGGCUGUUCCCGCGUCGGGUACGCUAUGCUGCCCUCCUUACAGUGAAUGUAUACGUUUUUAUGGGUAAUAUGUACUCGUCCGGCAUAGCAACUGGUUUUGAGUCGCUAGCGAUGGAUCUCCAUGCCGACAACGCAAAGUUAUCGGCUCUUGUCACAUAUUCAGUCCUGGCAAUGGGCCUUGCCAACCUAUUUUGGAUGCCACUUGCACUAUGCUUCGGAAAGCGCCCAGUGACUCUCAUUUCUAUGGCGAUGUUCUUGGGCGGGAUCAUCUGGAGUGCGGUUGCCAAGGACUACAACAGCUUGCUUGCCUCGCGAGUAUUCGCCAGUUUUGGAUACGGCGCUAGCGAAUCGCUCGGUCCCAGCAUUCUCGCAGAUCUUUUCUACGAGCGAAACUACUCAAGUGCGAUGGCUGUUUAUGCUGGAUUCCUGUCUGGUGGCUCUCAAAUCGGACCCGUCAUUGCAGGUUAUCUCAUCCAAGCCCGUGGGUGGCGGUGGUUCUUCAUCCUCUGUGCCAUCAUCGCCGCUACCAUCUAUGAGCCAGAUGAGGAGCCGGAGAUGACUGAGGACAAUGAAAAGGAUCUGACCGGCCAUAUUGAGGCUGUCCGUACCACCUCGCACAGUGCCGACCGGGUCAGUAUGAACUACAACGACUAUAUGAAGGGACUCUUUUCCUUCAACGUCACGAAAGGAGCCAAAGAGAACGGGAUUUUAAAGCAUUUUGCCUACUUAUUCGUGCUCCCAUUCCCCUUGUUGCUGGUCCCUGGUAUAUUGAUUGCAUCUCUCAUGUAUGGAGUUGUCCUCGGAGGGGUUGUCGUCAUUUCUACUAUCGCACCGAGUCUCUUUUCACCACCGCCUUACCUAUUCACCUCCGCUGAUUUGGGUCUUUUUACCCUGAGCAGCUUUAUUGGUAUCGUCGUCGCCUGGCCAAUCGCAGGUCCCUUGACCGAUCUGCUCUCUCGCUGGCUACGCAAGCGCAACAACAACAUUCACAAACCAGAACAUCGUCUACCAGCCCUAAUCUUGCCUUUCCUGAUCAACCCAAUCGGUCUCAUUGUAUUCGGAUAUACUGUCUCACAGCUUCAACACUACGUCCGGCCUGCCGUUGGUGCAGCCAUCGCGUCUUCGGGACUAACACUGGUCCCUUCGGUUAUGCUCUCUUACGUGGUAGAUGCCUACCCUAAGACCAGCGGCGAAGCACUUGUGCUCGUCAAUGCUUCCAAGAAUGUGGUCGCCUUUGGUUUGGCCAAGGGUUGUUACGCUUGGAUGGCGAAGGAUGGGGUAGACAAGAUGUUCUACGAGUUUGCGGGCAUUCAAUGGGCCGUUUUGUUUUUGGGAUUGCCACUCUACAUUUUUGGUCCUUGGCUUCGCACACGGACACAGAAGUAUUUUUAA